AUUAUCGGUGAAGAGUUUCAACUCCUCGAAGUCCUUGGACAUGGUGCUUAUGGUUGUCUUUUCCUUGGUCAAUCAUUAAAAGAUAAUUCAUAUGUAGCUGUUAAAGUACUCUCAAAAUUAGGUCUUGAUUUUCAACAACUCCAAUUACAACAAUUGGAAAUGGAUAUUCAAUCUUCUCUUAAGCAUCCUUAUCUUUUAGCUCUUCAUCGUACAAUUCAAGAUAAGGAUUAUAUUUAUAUGGUAAUGGAACUUUGUGACCAAGGUGAUCUCUUUGACUUUGUUAUUCGUGAUCAAGAUAUAAAUCCAGUACGAGAACAAACUCUUGUUAAAAAACUCUUUAGUCAAAUUCUAGAGGGUGUCGAAAAUAUGCAUGCAAAUGGUGUCUAUCAUCGUGAUCUCAAACUUGAAAAUAUCCUUCUUAAAUGUGAAGAUGAUGAGAACGAAGAUGAUAUUACUUGCAAAGUAGCUGACUUUGGUUUAGCUACUCGUGAACGAUACUCUAUGGAAUUUGGUUGUGGCUCUACUUCUUACUUGGCUCCUGAACAUUUUAAUGAUUCCAUUGUUAAUAAUAAUAAUCCGGUAACUACUACUACUACUACUGCUACUGCUGCUACUACGACCGAACUUGUACCUUAUGAUGCUUCUGCUUCAGAUGUUUGGUCUCUCGGUAUCUUAUUAUUGGCUCUUAUGUUUGGACGUAACCCUUGGCAAGAGGCUUCCUCUGCUGACCCUGCUUUUGCUGAAUAUAAGAAAUGUCCUCGUAUGUUGAAGAAUCAACUCUUUCCAGAACUUUCAACCGCUACUUAUCGACUUUUAAGUUCCGUUUUGUCUAUCAAUGGCUCCGAUCGACCUUCAGUUUCAGAAUUCAAGGAGCAAUUCUUGGCCAUCAAACAACUUUAUGUAGAUGAAUCUGAGGAUGCUUACUUUUCUGAUGAACCACAACGUGUUGAUUCUCCUGUCUCUAUCCCUACU